AUCUCCACCUCGAAGCUACCACUCUCCUUCCCUUACCCACCUUUUAUAUAUUCAAAUUCUCUAACUCUCUCUCACACUGUACCAACUUCGUCUUCUUCUUCUUCAAAAUGAGUAGUUCUGCUCUGCAACAAACAAGGCGUAGCCCUCGAACGCUGAGAGAUCUUCUCAGGGAGAGUUCAACUUCUUCUCCUUCUCCUUCCAUUGAUGGGUUCAAACCGCUUCCACGGAAUCCUAUUCCCUCCACUACCAUGCGUAGCCUCAUCGAAAUGGACCUCAGCUCAUCCUCAACCAGGAAUUCAAAUCGAAGAAUUCUGAAUUCUCUCCUGAACGCCCUCGUCAAGAGGCUUUCCUCUUUCGCGGAGAAAUCCCCUUCGAUUUUGCCUCGGAGUCUCUCAAGGAAAAGCAAAUCCAAGAAUUGGAGGGGAACGACGGAAAUCAAAGUCCCCGUCAGAAUCAAGGACAUCGUGCGGUGGAGAUCGUUCGGUGACCUGGAGGAGGAUCAACGUCAGCCGUUGGAUGUCUCUUCCGCUUCCAGUUCUUGGAGUAGCAGCGAAGGCUCAAGUUGGAGUGACAGUGACUUCUCUUCGUACGACGGUAAUUUUGUGGAGUGUUCUCGAAACGACGUCGUGGAGGAGAAAAGAUUCUCGCCUCUUGUCGGCGCGGAUUCGGUGCAUGCGACAACAGGAAAUUCAGUUGGGACCAAGAGAGAUUUAAGUUUAAGAAGGCAAGAAGAAGAGCAAAGGAGCCCAGUUUCAGUGCUUCAGAUUGAGCAGCAUGAACUUUGUCCCUUUGAUCAAAGUCUUGUCAAUGUUCAAAGGGAAACACAGAAAUGUGCGCAAAUUAUACAAAGGAUUAAUGAUCUUACAACCUUCGACGAAGGCAACGAUGACAUUGAUGAAUACGAAGAACCAGAUAGAACUGAGAAAAUGGCAUGGAAAUUGCUACAUUUUGCCAAAUCAAGUGGUUCAUUUCAAGGGAGUGAAGCUAAUUAUUUAAACAAACUAUUGUUGGAUUUCUUCAAGUAUGAAGCAAAGAAAAGGAGAAUUGAUCAAGAAGACAAUGAGUUUGAGUGUGAGAUAAUGAGAAGAGCACAAGAUUGGUUGAAUGGGUCAUUUGGUGAUGAUUUAGAAAAUAGUGACAAGAAUGCUUGUAUUAGGGACAUGGAUAAGAGAGAAAGAUGGAACAAUUUUGGGGAGCAAAAAGAAGAAUUGGCUUCGGAGAUUGAGAGUGCUAUACUAGAUAAUUUGAUUGUUGAGAUCUUCGAUGUUUCCUUCUCAUAUUUUUGAAAUUUCAAAAAUAUCUGUAAAGAAAUUAAUAAAUUAGC